AUGUCUGAAUCUCAAAAGCUGGAAGAACGCUUGCGACUGCUGGAGAAUGACCUCAAGCUCCAGAAAUCGAAACUUGUCGAAAGGCUUGCUCGCAGGCACGUCCAGACGGCACCAAAGACAGCAGUGAAAAGAACGGCAAACGACGUCCUCAAACACGACCCCGAUUUUGCCAUCAAGGUCAGAGCGCUCAAACAGGCCGCCAGGCAGAAAAAACGGCUCUACAAACACAUUCACGCCAACCAGGUCAAAUUCCCCUACAAAAAUCGCAUCCGCAUCAACAACCUCGAAUUUGUCUCCACAAACAAGGGUACUAAACUGGCUCUCGUAUCCGCUAAGUUUUUGGACUCAGAUAAACAGCUGACAUCGCUCGACGAUCUGAAAACAACGCUAACGUACAACGGCCACAGAUACAUCAAAACGCUGGAAGGAGAUUAUGUCAUGCAAAAUCCGCAAUACUCGGACGAAAAACAGUUUUGCAUGUACUACACUCGCAGCGGGACAUGCUCUAAUAAAAAUUCCUGUGAGCUCGCUCACUACUUUGAAUGCCCAGACCUCCAGGAGCUGGGAUUCUGUCCACGGGGCAGCUCGUGCAAACUGGCCCACAAAACCAAAGUACAACCAACGAAUCAUAAAGCCAUUAGAAACAUAGACAAUGAUAACGUGACACAACAGGACCAUCCAUUGCUAGCAGCCAUACAGGAUAGCAGCUCCGAAGAUUCGGAUAUCGAACAAACCCAAACGGCAGACCUCGACAUGAAUCACGAUUAUGUACAAAUUGCGUAA